GGCAGGCCUGGACCAGAGCCCGCAGGGUGAAUAGGAGCGGUGGUGCCCUCACCGCCUCCCCCAUAAAAGAUGAGAGAGGAAUUUAAUAAUUCGUCUCUUACGUCUUAAUCGAACGUCGGUCGUGUGUUAACGACGUGUAUCGAGACGCAACACAAGAAGAUACCAGAAAGAAAGAAAGAAGAUUCGCAAAAAAAAAGAAGAAAAAAACAGAUAAGGAAGAACAAAAAAAAAGAAGGAAACAAAGAAAGAAUAGGAAAAAAAAUUGUGUCGAAGUAUUCCGAAAAUUUACAAUGGGGGGAUUCGUUUAUCUCCAUUUUCGAUAUAUAUAAUUUUUAGAACGAAUCCGAGGAUAGAAAGAAUAUUUAAGGACGGUAAAAAAAAAAAAAGAGAGAAAAAGAAAGAGAGAAAAAGAGAGAGUUGGAGAGAAAGAAAAAAAAUGAUUGGUUAAAAAUUUUCUGGUGGCGUCGAAGUUAUGCGUGUAAACACACGUGAUCGGGAAAACGAUCGAAAUGCAAUUAAAUAUCUGGAUGGCAGAUGAAUCUGUCCAUCUGUCUGUCUGUCUGUCUGUUUGUCUGUUUGUUUGUUGUCUGUCUGUUUGUCUGUGUGAGUACGUACGUACACGCGUGCGUACGUACGUGUGUGCAUGAGUGCAUCUGACAAGAGUAUGUGCUUGUGUGUAUGAUAUGCUCGAAAUGACGAAAUCCUAGACGCAUAUAUGCGUUUUUUCGAAUCAGGAUAGAGCAAGAUGAGUAUUAUAUGUUAGAAAAAGAAAGAAAAAAAGAAAGAAAUAAAGAAUUCAAUUGGUGCCGCUUAUGGUUAUUGGUUGUAUGGAUGGGUUGAUGGAUGGAUGGAACGAUUUUACUUUUUUUCUUCUCUUUUUAUUUGUUUCUCUUUUUGUUCAUUUUAUUCUUUUUUUCUUUUCUCGUUAUGUAGCCUAGUCAAGUAAGCCAGCUAUGUUUCUCUAUAUCUAUUUUAUGUGAAACAUUAGAGGAAAAAGAAAGAGGCCAUGUUUUAGAUUCGUACAUACGUAUCGUAUGUACACGAACGAUAUGAAACGUAGGGUUAUCCCCUCCUCCAUCUUUUCUUCCUCCUCUCCACUAUUUUCUCCUCCUAUUUCUUUCCCUCUCUCCUCCUCGAUAAUAGAGGUAGUGGUAGCGAUUUUUCGAGAGAAACGUAUUCACACGUACUGAUAUUUUCCAUUCGAUAUAUCCAUAUAUAUACACACACAUUAUCAUAUAUACAGACAUAUAUACAUACAUACAUAAAUACAUAAAUACAUACAUAUAUAUACGUGUACGCGUUAUACGUACGUAUGUAUAUGUUCUAUGAAAGAAAAGAAACAAGAGUAAAUUCGUCGUUGCUUAGAAAAUAGUAUAUAUGGUUUCCCAUCGGAUUUUCGUACUGUCAGUAGUCAAGUUCAAGAAAACAUUGUUCGAACGAAUCUUAUUGCCGUAUUUUAUCGUCGAUCCUUUCGUCCGAGCCACAGACAGCACUACUAUUACUACUAUUAUUACUAUUAAUACUGCUACUACUGUACGUCUGUCGCUUAUAUUAUAUUAUAUUCGCGUGGGGAAAAAGAAAAAAAUUAUAAUAAUAGGUAGAUUUAAUUAUAGUAGUGUUCGCGAAAGUACAUACAUACGUACAUUAUAUACACGUACAUAAAUACAUACAUCUACCUGUUUAUAUACUCGUCAGAUACGUAUACACAUACAACAUACAUAUGUAAUAUACAUACAUAUACAUAUAUGCAUAUCUCUCUCUUUCUAUGUGCAUAUCAUAAAAAUAUAUCAUGUACAUACAUAUAUCAUGUACAAGGGAUAUGAUAGAUAGAUUCGAACGAAUUUAUCUGCGAGUUUCUCGAACGAACCUGUAUGUAUGUAUCUAUGUGUAUAUGUGUGCGAGAAAGGGAGAAAGAGAGAAAGAGAGAGAGAGAGAGAGAAGAGGAGGAGGAAGAGGAGGAGGAAUCAUAUCGACGAUCGAGAGGUUUCGAAAAUAGGGUGGCGGGGUGGUUGGGACGAUAAAUUUCGCGAUAAAUCGCACGCCAACGCGACACGUUCCUGUAUUUACAACGUUGUUACGACGGGGCUGAACGAAAAGAAAAGAAAAAAAACAAGAAGGAGAAAAAGAAAUAAUACGAUUCGAGGAAUGGAUAGUGAGAAAGUAGAGGGCAAGAACUCCGAUCGUCGCCGUAUCGAUUAUUAUUAUCGAUUGCCAUCGAUAUUAAAUAAUUUUUAGUCGAGUUCGUUCUCAAACGCCCACCAUUCAUAUCUUCCCCUAAACCUCCCCUCAGUCCUUCAGUCAUCGUUUUUCCGCGCGUGAAAAUACAUGUUUAUUAUUAGCAUCAUUAUCAUUAUUAUUAUUAUUAUUAUUAUUAUUAUUAUUACUAUUAUUAUUAUUAUUAUUAUCAUUAAACAAUCGAAUUAUUUUUGUGACAUCAAGCUAAAUUAACGACGAAAUUUAUUGUUAUUUUAUUCGUCAAUCUAAUUAAUAAUCGACGAUUGGAGUUCUAUUUUCGUCAUGUCAAUGUAUUCUUUGUUUUUAGACAUUUUUUUAGACAUUAUUUUUAAACACACAGAUAUAUAUAUAUAUAUGUGUGUGUGUGUAGUUUUUUUCUUUUAUCUUUUUAUCAACACAAUGAAAAAUUGUAUUUAAACGCGAAGUUAGAUGUAAACUAUACUUUCUAUAGAGAUAUAGAUAAUAUUCCUCGGUUUUUUAAUAUGAAUAUAAUGUCGAGUUAUAGUUAUAUUUUACUCUCUCGUAAAACGUAAAACUCUAACACUGCCUUUCGGUGAGGACAAUAAAAGAUGGACCUCGUUCGAUGAUGAUGUUUAUGGAAACGAUCUUAACGAAUCUCGAGAGGAUUCUCGUAUCAUGUUGUUUUUUUAUUUUCUUUAUUUUUAUUCUUUUAUCCUUUCUCUUUCUCUCGAGUUCAUUUUUAUAUCAUUUCAAUAUUAGUAAUUAAUUUCGCGCGAGUGUAAAUGCGAGCGUCGUUGUCAUAAUUUACGCGCGUGUUGUACUUGUAAUAUACUUGUAUCUAUCACUAGCCGUUCAGCUUUGUGCCGUCUUCAUAGAUUACGAAUUGCGAAAAAAAAGCAUAUACAUAUGUAGAGAAUGUAAGUAGGGAAGAAAGAAAGAAAUAAAAAGAGAGAAAGAGAGAGAGGAAACAGAGAAAGAUAGAAAGAGAAAUAAAAACGAUUCGAGACGAAAAAUCGAAAGAGAAUAUUUAAAUAAAGACAGAGGGAGAGAGAGAGAGAGAGAGAGAAGAGAUAAGUAAGAAUUUUAGAUUAUCGAUCUUAGCACGAAAAUUCAUAUCACAGCGAACGACGAGAUUAUUAAUCGAUUCGAUUCGAUUCAAUUUCUUUAAUCUCGUCAUUUGCGAUCAAUAAAUUAUCGUUCGUUUAUUCCCAUGAGUCGAGGAACGAAAUUAAAAGGACGAAUGCGAACGGAUAGACAGAAUGAUAAAGAAUGAAAGAGUGAAAGAGAGAGAGAGAGAGAGAGAGAGAGAGAGAGAGAGAGAGAGAGGGAUUAAGAAUGAGUGAAGAAUUAGUGAAUAAGAGAGUUAAUAAAAUAUGUAUUCCGAUAAAGUUUGAAUUCGGACACACGGAAGCUAGUUAAAACUGCCACGAUGAUGAUGAUUAUGAUGAUGAAGAGGAAGAAGAAAAAAGAAGAAAAAAGAGAGAAAGAAUAAGCAUGCAAGAAACAAUGCUAUUAAUCAAUAUUAAUCUAUCGAAAUCAGCCUAUGAGAGAAUAAACCAAAAUGGUUUCUUUUUCUAUUUUUUGUUUCUUCUUUUUUUCUUCUUUUCUCUUUUUCUUCCUUUUCCAAUUGAAAAAAAGAUUAUAUGAGACGAAGAAGGAAGGAAAUAUUGAGAAUCAAUGAAAUUGAUAAGGAUUAAUAGAGAAAGAGAGAAAGAGAGAGAGAGAGGGGGGAGAGUGUGAGAGGGUUGAUCUAUAAAUUUACGAGAAUGAAUCGAUAAUGUAGAAUAAUGAUAGAUCAAAUUUUUUCUUUCUUCUUUUUUUCUUCUUUAUUCCUUUGAAAAAUUUCAAUUCGUUCGUACGAGCGUUUUAUAUUAGAGAAAAAGAGAGAGAGAGAGAGAAAGAGAGAAAGAGAGAAUAAGGGAUACAAUGAGAGAGAGAGAGAGAGAGAGAGAGAGAGAGAGAGAGAGAGAGAGAGAGAGAGAGAGAGAGAAUGAUAACAUAUCUUCGUCGUAUCUUUGUCGAAUUUCGAGCAUAUCGUUACGACCAUAUCAAUGAAUUAGAAUAAAUUCUAUAUGUAUAUCAUUCGGUUGUUUUUGUUUGUUUUAUAUUUUUUUUCUUUGUUGAACAAACGAGAACGUUCUUUCUCACGAACGCUCGUUCGAACGAUUAUGAGGUAAUUUAAAUAUACAUACAUACAUACGUACAUACAUACAUACAAUACAUACAUACAUGCACGUUGUGUACAACGUGUUAUUGUAACUAAUAUCAACGCUCUCGAACAUUUCUUUCGAUCACUAUGAAAACAAAGAUGAAAUCAAAUGAAUUUGUGAAUUAUAUGUAGUUGUUAGAUCGUUCGACGAGGUACUUUUACACGUCGUUCAAAUUGAACUAGGAAAAAUUGGUUGUCGCGAUUAGUAGAUAACUUUGUUAAAUGUUUAAUGUCUAAACAGAAUCGUUCGCUAAUCUCUCUUCCGCUUAGUGGAUUGAGAAAAGGCACUGCGUAAUUUAGAACACGUAAUUCGAAUUGAUACGUAAGAGGAACGAUUUAGAUUCGUAUAACUUAUCAAUCGUUUAUUAAUGGGAAUCAAAAAGUGAGAGAAUGAGAGAGAGAGAGAGAGAGAGAGAAAGAAAGAAAGAGAAAGAGAGAGAAAGAGAAAGAGAAAGAAAGAGAAAGAGGGAGAUAAUACCGAUUAUUUAUUACCGAAAAUUUAAAAGAGCAUAAAAUUAAAACAUUUAUUGUACUUAUUUUUUUUUCGUGUUAUUGUUCGUAUCGAUCGAGUCUCUUUAAUUUUCUUUUCAUAAUAGUCGAUAAAUUAUCGUCAAUCGGUCGAUAAUUAUCACAAUACUUAAUCACAGGAUAGAAUUUUAAUGAGUAAUAAUUUUUUAAAGAAAAAAAAAAGACAGAACAAAUUAUUUUAUUUGUCGUUUAAUAAUCGGAUUGUAUUUCUAUAAUUUAAUAAUAUUUUUAGUAAUGAAUCAUUUCAAAUAUCUUAUCUGUUGGUCGAUAAAGAAGAAAUUCUCAUUUUUUAUUAGACCAAAAUUACAGAUAAUGCAGAUUGUAGAGACUCGAUCAAAUAUCGUUGUAUCAAUCGGUAAUGAAGAUUAGUUUCUUCUUUUCGCACUCGAACAAUCACGAAUAAUAAUAUGACGAAUUGAGCGAUAGAUUUUACGAAAAGGAAAGAAAAAAAAAUCUUUAUGCAUCAUUAUACGCGUUAAUCAUCAUUUCUUUUUUUUUAUUUUUAAUAGAAGGAUAGAAAAAAUUAAGUACGAUCCUUUUGAUAUAUAAUUGAGAUCAAACUUUAGAGAUCUUAUUUGGAUCAUCAAUUGUUUGAAUCGGGAAAAGUUAUACUCGCGAUUCGCGUAAUCAUUUUGUAAUCAUAAGAUCUUUAUCCUAUCCUAUGAAUUAUUCUUUUAUUAGUUCUCUUAAUUUCUUUUUUUUAUUUGAGAUCUUCCUCAAGAUCUUUCUCUCUCGACAGAAGAAGAAGAAGAAGAAGAAGAAGAAGCGGAUGUUAACUUCGUGAAAAGGCAGCUCGACCAGUUUCUCGUGAGACAGCCGUUCUCUUCGUCAUGAGAUGGUACGCGAGCACGAGCACAGUUACUAAACGAGCCGAAACGAUUUGAUCGGAGAAAUAGAAAGAAAUAAAGAUAAAGAGAAAUAAAUAAAAAGAGAGAGAAAGGAGGGAAGAAAGAAAGAAAGAAAUCAAGAAGGAAAUAAACCAAAUUAAAAAUACAAACGAGAUAGGAAAGAUAAUUGCGUACGUGUAAUUUUGUUCAAUUAGACGAACGGCAGAUGUGGCUCUCUUAGAUUAGAAAUAAGACUGUGUUGGACAAAUUAAUUGUUCAUUCGAUUGACGAUUAACAUAAUUAGCAUAUGUAUAUUUUUAUGUAAAACUAAUGUUUUAAUCAUAUGAUACGAUUACCUUAAUCAAUAGUUUCAUUUUAUUGAUUAUAUAAAAAAUUAUCUCCAUAAUAAGCCGAUUGAGUAUUCUUUUUUUACAAUAUAUUCAAUUGGUUUUUAAUCGUUUAAUUGUUAAAUCAUAGAUGUUUAAUUUAUAUGGAAUGGUUAGUCAAUGAUUUACGAAGUCGUCUGUGCUUCAAUAAAAAUGACGUCGAGCGUGACUCGACACGAAUUUUAUAAAAUUAGCAUCGAGUUUAACUCGACGAUCGUUGGACUCGCUUUAUAGUCUUAUUCGUAGACAAGUACAUUGACUAUAUAUAACUAUUCUAUUCAGAUACAUAUUAUUUCUUUUUAUUUUUUUUUGCUUCCCUUAUCAUUUUCAUUCCAAUUAUUAUCGUCGAUCGUCAAUCGAAUUAAAUAUUGUCUAGUAUUUCAAAAAUAAAAUUAAGGAAAUAUUUUCUCGAUUCGAGAAUAACAUCGCACAAUCGAUCUCCAUCGAUUUUUCUUAUGGGCUAUAAUUGAAAAUAAAAAUAUGAAGGUGGCAAAAGAGAAACUUGCAAAAAAAUAUAAAAAUAAAAAAAGUAAAAAAAGAAGAAAAUAAAAAAAAGAAGAAAUAUAAAGAAACAGACAAUAAGAAGUCAUUUUUCAGAAUCCAUUAAAAAGAUUUCACGAAAUCAUUAGAAAGUUUAAAGAAAAAAGAAAAGCAACAAUAAAUUAGAAACUGUAAUAGAACCAAUCGCGUCAAGCAUCCUCAUCACUCGAUUAUUAAAACGAGAAAGGAUACACUCCUUAUCAAAAAAACGAGCCUAACAGGGCAAUCAGGUAUGAUAUUGAUGACGUUGCUCUCUUAAAAUCACGAUCUUCAAAAGGAAACCGAUCCUCGAUCGAUCGAGAUCGAGAUGGCAGAAUGUGUGUUCUCGAAUGAUAUUUUAUCUCUCCUGAGUAUAUAUAAGCAACUAAUGUAUUAGCAACUAAUUGUUGCUUCUUUAUUUAAAACGACGAAAUUAUAGAGAAAGAAAAAAGGAAAACGAAAUAAAAGAAAAGAAAAUUGUCAUAUUAAUAAACGAUCACGUCGAUCCAUAUCGUAUAUAAAUCAAUCUAUUUAAAUGCGAUCGAUCUCGAUCUCACUUAAGAAUUAAUUCAUUUCUACGAAAAUAUUUUAAUUAUCUUUACAAAAAGGAAACCUUUACGAAGAAAUGUAAAUCCAUUUUAUUAAGAAAAACUAACUAUUUAUGGUAGUGAGUGAGACAGAGAGAGAGAGAAAGGGAGAGAGAGAGCUACAGAUCCUCGCUCUUUUAGCAAAACGAAAAAGUAAAGUAAAGUAAAGUAUAAUAAAAUAAAAAUAAAAAUAAAAAAAAAGAAAUAAAAAAUAAAAAAAAAAAGAAAGAGGAAAACGAAAUGAUAGAAACGUAUCAAUCUCGUUAAUUUAUAACAUCAUUGUACUUAUUCACGCGUUACCAUCAGCCAUUACUAUUCAUCGUGAAAUCUCAUCCUAUCACCGAUAGAAGAAAAAGAAGAAAUGAAAAGAGGAAGAAAGAGAGAAAGAAGCAAACAGAAAGAAUAAAACACAAAGAAAAAGAAUUAAAAAAUGAAACUGAUUAUUUCGUAUAUAAUACGAGUGUAUCGUAAUGUUUAUAUACUUAUAACGACACAACUACAUAUAUACGUUCCAUGCUCGAAUUUUAUCGAACGCGAGUUUUGAAUCGCGCUAAAAAAUAACAACAAAAUAAUAAUAAUAAUAAUAAUAAUAAUAAUAAUAAUAAUAAUAAUAAUAAUAAUAAUGAUAAUGAUAAUAAUAAUAAUAAUAAUUUAUCCUUUCCGGUUAGUUUAUAUUAACGAAAAAUUCCAUAGUAGGAAUUUUAAUUCUAAGGAGGAGAAGGAGGAGGAGGAGGAGAAGAACGUCGAGUGUGAGGGAAUUUCUUUUUUUUUUGUACGGUGCGAGAAAAAAAUAAAAUAAAAGAAAUGAGAAUAAAAAGAGAUUUGAAAGACGUUAAAAUACACACAUGCACACAUAUACACAUAAUUAUAUAUAUAUUAUAUAUAUAUAUAUAUAAUAUAUAUAUAUACUCCUCCCAACUUGCGUUUGUAAUUUCGAGUAUAUGGAGCAAGACGUAACAAUAAGUAUAAUGGGGGAAACAAUACAAUAAUUUUUCAUACUGUUUUUACUUUUUACUACUAUGAUUGCAUACAGCUGCAUAAUGUUAUUCUUAUUGUAUACUAUAUAUUUAUAAACUGCGUAAACGCGCGCGCUCACCAAUGAAUAAAUGUGCAAAAUCCCGAUAAUACACGAACACACAUACACAAGUGCAUAGAAGAAAAGAAAAAGGAGAAAAUAGAAGAGGAAAAAGAAGAAGAAGAAGAGGAAGAAGAAGAAAAAGAUAAAGUAAAUAAAUAAAUAAAUAAAUAAGAAAACGGUGGAAGAAAUAAUAAACGAUGAGAGAACGAUAAAACAUAUAGGUACACGUAAUAUACCAAAGAUAAUAUUAUGUGAAACAACCUUACAUACACACAUUAUGCUCUAUAGUUUAUAUCUACUAUAGCAGUCGCGAGAUGAAUUAAGCUCGACUUAUGGUGUAUAAUUAUUAUUAACAAUUAUCGUCGAAGAAUGAUCUGAAAAGAAUGUUUGUGCGAUAGCUUGCGUAUUUCAAAAAGAAAAAAAAAGAAAGAAAGAACGAAAAGAAAGAAAGAAAGAAAGAGAGAGAGAGAGAGAGAGAGAGAGAGAGAGAGAGAGAGAGAGAGAGAGAGAGAGGGAGAAAAUCUUAUUGCACGUUUACGUGCAUGUAUGUAUCUACUCAUGUGUGUGUGUGUGUAUAUGUGAGAGAUAGAAUGAGAAAGAGAAAGAGAGAGAGAGAGAGAGAGAGAAAUGAAAGAAAAAAAUAAAUAAAUAAAAAAAAAUAAAAUAAAAUAAAAUGCAAAAAAAAUAUAAUUGAAGUAAACGAGUAAGGAAGGAAAGGGGAAUGAUAAAUCUAGAAAAGCGCAGCAUCCUUUUAUCGAAGCAGAAAAUCGCCGGCUCGUAACCGCGCGAGUUACACACAGUUGGCCACUGCAAAUCGUUUCGUAAUAUUCGGAAUGUGUCGAUCGUCUCGAAUGAUAAUGGAAAUAAGGUAGGGCGGUAAUCGUGCUAGAAACAAACGUGAAAAAUCUCUCUUAAGAUCUACUAUGUACGAUCUCGUUUUGGAUAUAUUUUGAGAAUUUAGAAAGAAAAAAGAAAAGAGAGUGAUAAACAAUAUUUUAUAUUUUUCAUUUUCAACGGUCCUUUCGUUUUUUAAUUCGUCAGAUUAAUGAAUAAAAGUUAUUUAAAAAAAAGGAAAAGUAUAUAGAAGAACAAACAAGUAGAAAAUAUAUACACAUGUACAAAGUAGUAUGUUAUAUAAAAAUGAAUUUGUUUAGGAAUUUAUGAUUAAUGUUAAUAAGAGAGAGAGAAAGAGAGAUAUACGUAUAUAGAUCAUUUUGAGACGAUCGAGAAUCGAUAGAAACGGGACGUAUUGUUUAAUAUGUUUUUAUCGACGAAGAAAAUCGACAACUCUCUGUAUGUGGAUGUGUGGAUAAGUAUGUGUGUGCGUUCAUGCGUGCGUGCCUGUGUGCAUGUGUGCAUAUCGAGGAAGAUUAAGAAAAGAAAAUGAUCGAUGAUAAAAAUGGGAAGUAGCUCAGGCGGCUACGAGCAGGGAUCGAUCGGGAAACUUCGAAAACCGCUUGGUAAUUUCAGUGCUAAUAAAGCAACAAAGGAAAAUAACAAAAAGCAAAAAAAAAAUUAAAUAAAUAAAAAAGGAACACUAAUUAUAUCUAUGAAUAUCCUAUAUACCCGAAAGCAAAAAGAAACAAACAAAAAAAUAAAUAAAUAAAUAAAAAAGAAAAAAAAAGGAGAAAAAAAUGAAAUAUAAAAAAAAACGAAGGUAACUAAAAGCAUUGUAAUCUAUUAGAGGCAAAGAAAAUGAAAUAGAGAAGUCCCUAAUCUUGUAUGGUUUUGUUCGACCACUGAUUUGUCCGUGUGUGUUCGUUAUUGAAAUAUGUUUCUUUAGUAAAAAAAUGUUGAAAAAUUCGUAUCUGUUGUUGUUGUUGUUGUUGUUAUUGUUGUAUGACCAACCAACAAAUUUGUCCUUUUUCAUUCGGUCCACUUGGCUUUUAUCUUAUUUAUUUAUUUAUUAGGAUAACAAAAUUAUAGAAAAAAGAAAAGAAGGAGACAAUCAUUUUUAUGUGAUUGCAAAUUAAAAAUUAUGUAUAAACAAAAAAAAAAGAAAGAAUUAUUGAGGUAAGUUAUCCAUAGAUCGUCAUAUAAUAUAUUCAUAGAGAAGAUUUAAAGUAAUAUAUAGAAAAUGAUAGUGAAACGAAAUAAAAAAAAAAAGAAAGGGGAAUGAUUAGAAAAAACGAAAUAAAAUAAAAAAAAGAUAGAGGAUUUGGUAAAGUAAGAUAAAUGUAUAUAUACAUAUACAUUUACAUAUACGUACAUAUAUAUCCAUGCAUGUAACGAAAGAUAAAUCAGGGAAGAGCUUGGAAAGUAAGGGUGCUGGUGGGGGGGGUUAGUCUCGAAGCGUGCGUUGGUUAGUAGAAAGCUACGCGUCAGAGCUCAGUUCGUUUGCGACGCUCGUGUCGUUCGCAUCUCUUUCGUGUAUUGUUAUUGUUAUUAUUAUUAUUAUUAUUGUGUAGUUAUUAUAGUUCGAUCCGUCGUCGUCGUCGUCGUCGUCGUUCCUUCUUCGUUUCGAUUAUUUUCAUUCGUUCGAAUCAUUUAAAAUUUAUUAAUCGUAUGAACGUAUCUAAUGAUCUAGACAGAAAAACACAUACUUCUAACAUAAACAAACAAGUAGUUACAUCCAGUGUGUACAGUUUUGGUGACCUGGUUAUAUACUUAUAUAUAUGUAUGUAUAUGUAUAUAUAUAGAAAAAUCUAGUGUGUGAUCUAGUGUAAGAUCAUAAAGACGAUCCAGUAGUUUCGGUAGAUCGAUUCUCGCGGAUACCGUGGGAAAUGUUUGAAGGUGAGAAGAAGGAUCGAAGAAGUAAGAACGAAGAGUCGGUGAUCGAGGAUCAACGUGGAUCUAUGUGGAUAGGACGAGAUCGAGGAAGAAGACGAAGAUAGAAAACAGAUAGAAAAAGAAACGGAGCUAUCGAAGAAGAAAAAGAAAUAUAUAGAUAGAUAGAGAGAAAACAUAGGAUAUUUUUACCUGUUUCUUUCUUUCUUUUCUUCUAUCUUUUUUUUUUUUUUUUAAUAUAUAUAGUUCUUUCUCUCUUUUUUUCUCUCUUUCUUUCUCUCUCUUUUAUUACACCAUGGCGUCGAGAUCAUCGACCUUUUCCUGGAUGCUGCGAUAUCUUCUGCUGUCGUCCUUCGUCUUAUGGGACUCGACCAUAGCCCGUGGGACUAAACGUGGACUUAAACAUGGUCAAAUCGGUCCACAUGGGACAAGCAAAAGCCUAAAGAACAGCGGCCUCUUUCCGUCAACCUUUAAUGUCGCCGCUAAAGCUGAAAUAUUUGUUAAUGCAACCUGUGGCGAGGAUGGGCCAGAAACUUUUUGUAAACCUUCGGAAUCGUCGAGAUGUGCCGUUUGUGAUUCCAGAAGUCCUGACCCAGGAAAGAGACACAACAUCAGCCAUGCUUUAGAUUCUAAUCCCAGUAGAUGGUGGCAAAGUCCUACUUUAGCUAGAGGAGAUAAUUACGAAUACGUUACUAUUCUUCUUGAUCUUAAACAAGUCUAUCAAAUCGAAUAUGUGAUCGUGAAAGCAGCGAAUUCUCCGAGACCAGCUGCAUGGAUACUCGAGAGAUCAGUCGAUAACGUGAACUUUCAACCCUGGCAGUAUUACGCACCAAGCGACGAGGAAUGUUGGACGAGAUAUUCGGCACCACCUGUGCCUGGUAAGCCGGUUUACAUAAGCGACGAUGAAGUCAUUUGUACGAGCAUUUACUCCAGGUCGACGCCUAUGGAAAACGGUGAAAUCCAUACGCACUUGGUUAACGGUAGACCCGGUGCCCUAAAUCACAGUACAACCCUUCAAGAAUUUACUCAAGCAAGAUACGUCAGACUUCGCUUUCAAGGUCUACGGAGGAACGGCGUUGUAAUAGCCGAUAAAAGAAAAGCAUUUUAUUCGAUCAAGGAGAUCAAUAUCGGUGGACGUUGUCUAUGUUCUGGUCAUGCUGCUCGUUGUCGAUACAGUGUUCAACAUGGGCAUCAAGAAUGUGAAUGCGAACGUCACACGUGCGGUGAAAGAUGUGAAAAGUGUUGUCCCAUGUAUAAUCAAAUACCAUGGAGACCGGGUACCGCCUCCAAGGGCUUUCAUUGUGAGAAAUGCAAUUGCAAUGGACAUGCAACGUCAUGCGUUUACGAUCCGGAAGUCGCCGAUAAGAGGAUGUCUAUGGACGUUCGAGGGAAGUUUCGAGGGGGCGGUGUUUGCGUCAAUUGUACGGAACACACGUCUGGUAUCAAUUGUGAGAAAUGUCAAAUAGGUUACUAUAGGCCUAAUGGUGUUGCACCCGAUGCACCUGAACCCUGUUUGCCCUGUGAUUGUAGUGUUCAUGGUAGUACGGGCUAUUGUACACCAGAUGAUUCUUAUACACAUAUGGGAAAGGUAGCAGGUGCCUGUGAGUGCAAAUCCGGCUAUUCGGGAUACAAAUGCGAUCAAUGUGCAGCGGGUUAUCGUCAAUAUCCUGACUGUAUGCCAUGCCCAUGUGAUUCCCGGGGUAUCCUACCGUCUCACGAUUGCGAGGGCGAUUGCCUUUGCAAGGCCAACGUCGACGGUGAAUUUUGCGAUCGAUGCAAAUCAGGGUACUUUGCGUUGACCAAGGAUAAUCUUGACGGUUGCGUAUCUUGCUACUGUUUUGGUGCAACUGAUCGUUGCGUUGCUGGGAAGCUCUAUUACACGAUGAUUUCUUCGUUAGAAAAUUGGUUGGUUACGGAUAUGAAUGGUUCGUUAGCAGUAAUACCAACAUUAGACACAGACAAUGGUUGGCUGACCGUGGCUGCGUUCGAGGUCGAAUAUGAAAGUCCUUACUGGUUAGCCCCACGAAUCUAUACGGGAAAUCGUCUCUCGUCUUACGGUAGUAAUCUCACAUAUACCGUCACCUGGGUCGUCAUGCGUGGCGACACCAGUGGCAAGCCUACCACCGAACCCAACGUUAUUUUGGUCGGUAACAAUGGCAUGCGUAUAGCUUACGGCGAAGAACAGUAUAACGGUCAGGAGGCGGAGAUAUCCGUGGCCUUGACCGAGCAAGGCUGGUACCACGUGCGAAGUGAAGUCCGAGAUAUUCCUACAAGACUAAGGAGAACCGAUUUUCGCGGUGAUCCUGUCAGUAGAACUCAAAUGAUGCAUGUAUUAGCCGAUCUAAAAUAUCUCCUGAUUAGAGCACAAUAUCAUUCCGAACAAAUCGAAGGAAGUCUCCUGUCUGCAAUUCUUCCGGUUGGUGACCCCGUACAAUCAGAAGAUGGUAGUCAAAGUCUCGUAGAAAUGUGUGAAUGUCCUAAAGGAUAUGCAGGUUUAUCUUGCGAAAAUUGUUCCUGGGGAUACGUGAAAGUAACGAGCAAUGGUUCUAAUCAUCAGGAUUAUCAUAUUUGCGUCGAGUGUGAUUGCAAUGGUCACGCUUCUUCUUGCGAUCUUGUAAUGGGUGAAUGUAAGACCUGCGAGCAUCAUACGAUUGGUCCAAAAUGCGAUCGAUGUUCAACAGGAUAUUAUGGGAUUGCAACGAAAGGAACACCGGAAGAUUGUAAAAAAUGUGCUUGUCCAUUGUUCAUCGAGUCGAAUAAUUUCAGUCCAAGUUGUCAAUUGGAGGAUCCCACGGACAAUAAUAGCGGUUAUGUUUGCACUCAAUGUCCCGAAGGAUAUACAGGCGAUCAUUGUGAAAGCUGCGACGUGGGCUUUUAUGGUAAUCCAUCAACUCCGGGUGGUACUUGCGAGCGAUGUCCUUGCUCAGGUGGACCGUGCGAUCAGGAAACAGGACGUUGUUUAGAGUGUCGUGGAAAUACCGAAGGUUGGAAAUGUGAAAGAUGUAAAGAGGCUCAUUAUGGGGAUCCAUUACGUCAAAAUUGUCUUCCAUGCGAUUGUGACCCGAUCGGCAGUAGUUCCGUUCAUUGCGAUCGGAUGAGCGGUCAGUGUCCCUGCAAACCUUUGUUCUCUGCUCGUGACUGUUCCUUCUGUAUAGAAGGUUACGGAAACGUGAGUGCAGGUUGCCAACUAUGCGACUGCGACGUGGGUGCCCUCGACGAACUUUGCGAUCCCGUAAGCGGCGAGUGCAGGUGUUCUGAGGGUGUAGUUGGUUCACAUUGCGACAGAUGCGACAUCGAUCAUUACGGUUUAUCAACAAGCGGUUGCCAAGGAUGUCGUUGCAACAUGAUAGGUUCGAUCAGUUCGACAUGUGACAUAGUAACUGGUCAAUGUCAAUGCAAAUCUCACAUAGUCGGUAGACAGUGCGAUCAAUGUCAGUCAGAUUACUGGGGCUUGACAACAGGAACAGGAUGUGCUCCAUGCAAUUGCGAUCCCAUCGGGGCUUUCAAUUCUUCCUGCCAACAAAAUACAGGAAUAUGUUAUUGUAGAUCUGGCGUGGCUGGUCCACGUUGUGAUACUUGUCUCUCUGGUUAUUAUGGUUUCUCGUCGAAUGGAUGUCAACGAUGCGAUACCUGUGUGAGACCAGGACAUAUUUGUGAUCCCGACACAGGACGUUGUGUAUGCCCAAGCUUGACCUACGGUGAACACUGUGAUCGAUGUAGACCAGGUUCAUGGAACUUGAUUCCAGGAAUUGGCUGCAAGCCAUGCGCUUGCACCUUAGGCUCGAUGAGAUCUCAGUGCGAUCAUCGAGGUCAGUGCGUUUGCAGGAUCGGCUACGAUGGUCUUAGAUGCGAGAGAUGUGCUAAAGGUUACUAUGGUUAUCCAAGAUGUCGUCCUUGUGGAUGCGACGCUGCUGGAAUUCUCUCUUGUGAUGGAGAGAUCUGUGAUUGCAAUGAAAAUGGGCAGUGUUCGUGCAAGGAAAAUGUCGUUGGCAGACAAUGUAAUCGAUGCAAGGAUGGUACCUUCGGCCUAGCAAAAGAUAAUCCAAAAGGUUGUACCGAAUGCUUUUGCUUUGGUAGAAGCAAACAUUGUCAACAGGCUGGUUUCAGUUGGGGAUUGAGAAGAAUUAAAAAACCUAGGACACUUUUUAUUAACGAAUCGGUCAACGAUAUUAUGAUCACCGAUUCAGGCUCAACAGCAGUUUUUGUUUACUCGAAUAAUGAAUUAGAUGUCAUUAAUGGUUUAACAAUAAUUCCUAACAUUGAAGGAGACGUUAUACUUCCAGCUAAUUUGUAUUAUAAUUAUCAUCUUUAUUGGAAACUUCCAGAAACGUUUUUACACGACAAGGUUGCAUCUUAUGGUGGAUUAUUACGUUUUGCUACGUCAACUGAUGGUGGUAUAUCAUUGAGAUCGGCACAUAAAUAUCCACUUGUACAACUACAAGGAAACGAUAGGAUCAUCCUAGAAUAUUAUUUGCACUCGCCUGUUAAAGAUAAUCGCUAUGAAGUCAGAUUUCACGAGUCUUUAUGGCAAUUACACGGCAGACCAGAUUACAAAGUUACCAGAGAGGUUUUGAUGGUCGCUUUACAGAAUGUGCAACGUAUCUUCAUAAAAGCCACAGACAACGCGGACUUUACGAAGACGACCCUUCUGGAAGCAUCUUUGGAAGCUGCAGUGUUAACUCACACUCAUUCUCCACCAUUGGCAAGUGGCGUUGAGAUUUGUCAAUGUCCUCCGGAAUAUAACGGCACAUCUUGCCAAGAUCCAAGUAUAGGCUUCUAUAGAUCGUAUGAAAACACAACCGUCACGUCUACUAUAGUAAUCGAUCUUGUCGGACAAGCUAGGCGUUGUCAGUGCAGCGGUAGAUCAGAGAUAUGUGACAGAGAGACGGGAUAUUGUCAAAAUUGCAGAGGCAAUACUAUCGGUCCAAGAUGCGAGAUUUGUGCAGAUAGCUUUUAUGGACAUCCUGAGAUCGGUGGCUGCAAACCUUGUCCCUGUCCACAGGUUGAUAAAAGAUUCUCAAGUAGCUGUGUCGUUCGUGCUGAUAGUGAACCGAUUUGUCACUGCAAGCCUGGUUACACCGGCAGAAUGUGCGAACGAUGUACUCACAAUUAUUACGGUUUCCCUAAUCUACCCGGAGGCCAAUGCAUACCAUGUAAUUGCAAUUUAGCAGGUAGUAUUAGCGAUAAAUGCGAUGAAAAAACAGGACAAUGCAAUUGCAGACCAGGUUCAACUGGAAGAGAUUGUUCUCAAUGUACAGCUUAUCGUCACGUCUACAUCGACAACGUUUGCACGUCAUGUAACGACAACUGCACCGGAAUUUUAUUGGACGACGUCGAUACGAUGAUGGAAGAACUUGCAGCUGGAACAUCUCACAUCGCUGAUGGUUACGUACCUCCUCCCUGGGAGGAACUAACUUACAUCGAAUCGAAUACGAGUUUUCUACUAGACCAGUUGAAGCUGCAAAGCCAGCUUAAGCAGAGAAUGAAGAACGUGCCCUGGUACGAAUACAAAAAGCUCAUGAAAAACGCUGAAACUUUGUUAAGAAAUGCAAACGAUCAUACUAAUCGUGGCAAUUUGUGGAAGAAUAAGUCGAAUGAUCUGAAAAACAACAUUUUCAGUACACAAAUUGAGAUCAGAAAUCUUUACGAAAGUAUCAAAGAAACUAUAUCACGAUUAAAUUCUUAUGGUGAUGAUGACAAAAAGAUUGAAAUCAAAAAAGCCUUGGAAACGGCGAAGACGAUACUGCACGAUUUGAAGAACGUGAAUUUACCAAAGAAAACUGCGAAGAUUCAAGAAUUUAUCAAAAACACUAAAGAGUAUAUCGAAUGGUUAAAUUCAGUCUGCAACUCAACGGAACCGAUAAUGAUAGCUCAAGAAGACACUGAUGAUUUCACUUUGAAGUUGAAUGAUAUGAAAAAAAUUUUGGAAGAAACAAUGGAGAUUUUAUUUACUUACGAUGGUCUUUAUAAAGACAUUAAUAAAACAUACGUGGAAUUCGAAAAUUAUUGUAAUCGAAUUACUGCGUUGGCAAAAGAGAUCGAUGCGAUGAACGAUGGAAAACAAUUGAUUGAUGAAGCAAAAGGAUUCAUUAUUAACACACAGAAUGAUCUUCAAAAUCUUCCAGAUCUGAAAAAGAAAUUAUCUUUUUGGACCGAUGAAUUACGUGUGAAAGAAGAAAUAUUAUACAGAUUAAAUUACGAAUACAAUGAUAAAUACGUCAUUCCAGCGAUCGAACAUGCGAAGAAUUUGUCAAAUUAUGUGGAUGAUUACGUUAGUCUGUUUUCGGAGACACGCGACAUAGCGGCUAGCCCGCUGAAGGCGAGUCAAGCUUACAAGAACAUCGUUGAUAGCUUGACAAGAGCUAAAGAUACUGCGUUAAUGGCAAAAGAGACAGCUGAAAAUACGAAUUCUCAGAUUUUUCCAAACGGAAAACAAUCAAAAUCUAUGUUGGACAAAUCGAUAGAUGUUCUACGUGAUUCAACCGAACAAUUAAAAAAAGCCAAUGACAUGAAGGAAACCGUCGAAGAUUCGUCUAAUAAAACAGAAUUGCAGGAAGCUGCUGUGAAACUUUUAAAGAAUACUUUAAACAAUACUGGAAUACGUGAUAACAAUAUAAAUGUAAAAUUGAGAGAAGUCCAGAGUGAAAGCAAAGCGUUGCAAGAAAAAUUAGAACAAGUUAUGCAAGACAACAAUGAAGUUUCGGAAUCACUGACCGACAUGCAGAGACUAAUCGAUGAUUACAAAAAAGGAAUUUCUGAUAGAUUACAAUCAAAGUUCCAAGAUCUAAAGAGAGAAGGAGAUUCGAAAAUCAGUUUAGCCAGUGAAAAAUUAUCAGAAGCUUUGAGUAACAUUAAAAAAGCAGAUGCGAAGCUAAUAAGUUUAUCAAAUGCUGCAGUGAAACGUAAAAGUAUUUUCGACAAAUGGAAUGAUACGUUAACAUCAAAGCUACAAAAUCUCAAAGACAAGAUUGCAGAGGCUAGGAAUACUGCUGAAGGAAUUCGAAUUUCCGUGAAAUCGAUGGAAGACAAAAAAUGUAUCAGAUCCUAUAGACCAACAACUCUUCAACCAUCCUCAAUGACAAAUAUAGUAAUGACUUUUGCUAUUCCUAAUAAUCGAAAAGAAGGCUCUUUACUUUACUUGCCUAGCAGUAUCAAUGAUGAUUUCAUAGCUUUAGAAAUGAUCGAUAGGAAAGUGAAAUUUUUGUGGAAUGUAGGAGGAGGUACAGGAAUCUUAACACAUCCUGAAAUCAUCGAAAGUGGUAAACUCAAAGAAGAUAGAUUUUGGUAUCGCAUUGAAGCUGAACGAAUAAGAAACGUUGGUAAACUCAGUGUUCGAAAACAAUCUUCUACAUCUGGGAGGUAUCUUCCUGUGAUGAAUUCAACGAAUCCAGAAUAUGGACGAUUCGAUGUCAUCAGUAUGGAUCGUGUUUGGUUAGGAGGCAUACCAGAAUCUCAAAGAAGACCUGUUGAAGUCAGUGCUGUUAAUGGUUUACCUGCUUGUGUUCAUCAGGUCAUUCUUGAUGGAAAACCUAUUGGUUUAUGGAAUUUUGUUACAACUGCACCAGACAUGGCCUGUGAAGCUUGCAUGGAAGGAACUGAAGAUAUCAGGGAUGACAUAGCUUAUAGCUUUAAUGGUGAAGGCUAUGCUGUUAGAAAUAAAGUAUCUUCUGGUCCUUACAACAAAUAUACGUUUGGGGUCUCUAUCAGUUUCCGUACAUACGAUGAAAAUGCUUUAAUCUUCUUAGCAAUUAAUGAAAAUAAUAAUCAACAUAUCAUGAUAUUUCUUCGAGAAGGAAGAGUCAUUCUUCACGUCGGCUAUGGUGGUAAUGUUAGUAUGGAGAUGUCCUCCACUUACAAAUACAAUAAUGGUAAUUGGACAACGGUAGAUGCCUUUAGACAAUAUCAGUUACGUAAAAGUAUUGAGAAAUGUAGUUUAAAUGUUGGUGAAGAAAAUGAUAAGAAGAUAGGAGCGCCAACACCUCAGCCUAAGAAAGAAGAUAUUCCAGAUUUAGCACAAGCUAAAUAUUAUUUCGGUGGUGUACCGCCUAGUUUUAGAGCUGAAAAUAUAAUACUACCAUCUCAAGUAUCAUUUCUUGGUUGUAUGUCUAAUAUUAUCGUACAAGAAGGCUAUGAUCCUAUGGUUGAACAGUAUUAUGGCGUUGAACCAACUUGUGCAAACAAGCCACUAAGAAUAGUAGGAUUUUAUGGAAAUGGCUAUCUCGAACAUUCCUCCUACACUUUACGUAAAAUAAGUUCAUCUAUGAGUUUCUCAUUCAGAACUCUACAAGAAGAAACUCUUCUAUUGUUAUCCACGUUCCAAGGUCAAGAAGAAAAAUUAUACAGUCCACAAGUCAUUAAUGAGGAUAUAACGAGAGAAAAUUAUUAUUCUGUCUGUGUGAUGAAAGGACAAAUCGAAGUACGAUUAAACGCUGGCAAAGGAGAGCUUAUUCUUAGAUCUAAUAAUACUUUCAAUGAUGGGAGAUAUCAUACUGUUACAAUUAUUAAAAAAAGAAAGGAAGUUGAAUUGAGAAUCGAUGAUGCUUAUCAAAGUACUGGGAGAUUACCUAGCAGUGCAGCUAUUAAAGCGUCUGAUUCUAACGGUGGCCUCUUCUUUGGUGGACUUCCAGCUUUGAUUAAUAAUACAAAAAUGGUGACUACUAAGAUUCCUCUUUAUGGUGCAAUUAAAGAUGCUAUCUUCAAUGAUGAAAUCCUAAGAUUCGACGAAGUCACAUCGUUUGAUCACGCACUGAUUGGUCGACCUGGACCUAGCAUGGGUAAAGAUCUUCCUAAUUACACACCUUCUGCUUCAUUGUCAAGAGGAAUGUCUACUCAGCCUGAGGGUUGUCAAAAGGUUCCAUAUUACUCUUUGGAACCGGGAGCAUUAAAAUUUGGUGACAAAUCACACAGCCAUACUCAACUCUAUUUAAACUUCAAAAAAUUCUGGGAAAAAAAAUAUACCAUUGAGUUUGACUUUAGGACUUAUUAUCCCAAUGGUCUAUUAUUUAUUACACCGGGUCUUAGAUUAAAGCAUUAUUUGAUGAUCGUUAUUAGAGAUGGACAACUUUUGCUUCUUGUCAAAUGCAAGCAGAAAAAAGAGAUCUUGUUUAAGACGCCAUUCAACGAUGGAAAUUGGCAUCAUGUUGUAUUAAGUCACGAUGAGAGAAGACUGACACUUGUUGUAGAUACUCAAACCCCUCGUACGAUCAAAGUACCUAAAAAGAUUGGAUUAGCACCGAUGAUGUAUAUUGGUGGAUUACCAGAAAGUGGUACUCCAUUACCAGAACAAAUUGUGGUGAAAUUGGAGACUUUAAAGGGAUGUAUAAGAGGCUUAAGAGUUAAUGGAAAUAUCUAUGACAUGGUCGGUUCCACCAGUCGAGCUUAUAAUGUCGGUCAAUGCUUUCCUAGUGUAGAAAGUGGAGCUUAUUUUCAAGAUGAAGCUUACGCAAUUUACAAAAGAAAUUUUGAAUUAGGAGCUGUACUAGAACUUCAACUAGAAUUUAGAACUUCAGAAUUAUCAGGAGUUUUGCUUUCUAUAACUGCUCCUAGUGGCUCUCCGUCCUUAUCCUUGGAAUUGAACAAUGGCAAAGUAAUUAUGUCUGGUGAUUUGGGAGAUAGUAAUCCAUUGUACGUGGAACAAAGAUUUCCUAGUCCAUAUGCUAUCUGUGACAAUCGUUGGCAUCGUAUUCAAGCUGUUUAUAACGAUGAAGAAUUAGCAUUAAAAGUUGACGAUCUAGAUCAAAAAUAUGGAUUGCCUACUAAUGUUAAUUAUCAUUUCAUGGAAUCCACGACUUUAGGUCCCCUUUAUAUCGGUGGUUUACCAGCUUCAGCUAUGAAAGGAACGUUACUCACGCGAGAUCAUUUCAAUGGAUGCAUAAGAAACGUAAUGAUAGGAGGAGAAAGACGAGAUUGGACAGAUAUGGCUGAACUGCAUAAUAUACACUUGAGUUCUUGCCCGAUACAAUGAUGUAACACAUCUUAGAUGCAAAUUUGAAGUGCAUCGAAUCAAUCCAAAGACUGUUACGAGGCAGACGCGCAACAAAGUGACGAAUAUUCUUAUGAAUCCUUUGAUAAAUAAUCGUUAAAUACAGAGAUAAGUGCCAUAACGCGACAAAGGGAUUAGUAAUCCUUAAGACGUAAGACUUAGUGAAGCCAAAAGAUGCUAAAAUAUAAAAUCUAUUAAGCUCUAAAGUUAGUAGGAAACUUGAUAUCAGUCUGCGUUUAGAAAACAUGGCACAAAAGCUCGUCACACAAUAUCCACAAUUGUGAAAACAGCAAUUUUAAGAAAAUAUAUAUAUAUGUAAGUAAACAAAUCACUACCCAGUGUUGGACAAUAUUUAAUUUAAUUAACGAUUAAAUGUUUACUUAUAUUAAUAUUAGUAUUUUAAACAAUUAUAUAAAUUAAUCGAUAAAUAUAUAAAUUAUUUGAAUCGUUUUAUUCUACAUAUGAUUACAAAAUUACGUCGAACGUUACUUGACGCGAGUUCUGUAAAAUUGGUCAAGAGUGUCACUUGACGAUCAUUUUAUGUCUUAUCGUAGAAUCGUCCAUUGACGAGCUUCUUUGAAGACCAUUAAAUUUUUUAAAUGUUUUAUUAUAAAAAGCAGAAUCACUAACUAUUCCAUAUAUAUAGAAUCAUUUAUCAUUUCUUUUUAAAUGUUAAUAAGAGAUUAAGAAAAAUAUGUAAUAACGCAAAUAUUUAUUUCAUGGCAAUGAGAACUUAAAUUGUUAAUUAUUAAUCUAAGUAAUGAUUAAAUUACCAAUUUAAUCUUUAAUUGCGAUCGAUAAUUAAAUAUUUUCAAUGUAAUCAUUAAUCACUAAUUGAAUUAAAUAAUACAGAACACUGCCACUGCCAUAUAGAAUAAUUACAAAUACAUUAUAGGAUAUACAUAUUGUACAUCAGUAUUUAAAGCUAUUAUUUAUUACCAAUGAUUUAUACAUACAUGUAAUUAUGAUUUCAAUUAAGCAUACUCAAUGCACUCGAGGAUUACUAUUAAUUAAUAACAUCUUAAAUAAGUAGAAUUAACUAAAUAAACUGUUUUAUAUUUUUAUGGUGGUAUUAAUGUAACUACUGAAUUUAAUACUUAAGUAAAAUAAGAUACACAAUUUUUUUUAAAUAUUCAGAUAAUGUAUCCAAUGCAAAGGCUAUUUUUCAUAUCAACAAAAAAUAAAUCCUUUGUAAAACCAAUAGUGCCGUAAAAAGGAUCAUUUUCAUGUAAAAUUAUAUAUAUAUAUAUAUAUAUAUAUAUAUAUAUAUAUAUAAUUAUAAACGAAAAGAAUUUUUGGAAAAUAUUUUAAUAUUUGUGAGAUACCACCUAUAUUCGUAUAGUCAUUGAAUUGUAAUAUAUUAUACAUAUAUAAAAGAAUUAACAAUGAUACUCUAUAAGAUAAAAAAAAUAUACACUAUGUAAAAAUAUAUUCAUCCAGUCGCUUAAUCAACCUUAUAUAAUCCAUUAACAAAUGACAUAGAGUCAAAUUCCUUUUUUAUGCAAUUAAAAUUAUAUGAAAUAUAAGAAACUGUAGUUAAAAUGA